AUGGAUCUUCACAACGUGCAAAGUGAUUCCGAAUAUGAGAGCGCUUCAGAGCAACUCUCUCCUGUGAAUAAAUUCCAAAAAAAAAAUAAAAAGCUUGCCAAAGAGGUAGAGCUGGAGGAUGAUUUCGUGGAUUCUUCCGAUGAGGAAGAGGCAGUCUUCGUCACGAAGAAGAAGCUAGAUACAAAUAAAUUCGAAAGCAAAGACCUUCAAAACCAAGACCAAGAUGGAGAUUCAGAGGAUGAAGUUGAUGAGGUACUCGAAGCAUCUUCUCGAGGAGUGAAGCUAGAUGAGUCCGAAGCAAUGGUCUUGGAACAUAAAAAACGAGUUGGAAAACUCAAGAAAAUGACCCCAGAGCAGCUCGCAAAAGAGGAGCAGAAGAUAAAAAAGACGGGAGUCUGCUACUUGUCUAGCAUUCCUCCAUACAUGAAGCCUGUGAAGCUACGGUCUGUUCUCUCCAAAUUUGGUAAGCUUGACCGGAUCUUUUUGAAGCCGGAAGAUCAAGCCUCUUACCGGAAACGAGUAAAGUAUGGUGGAAAUAAGAAGAAAAGAUUCACAGAAGGAUGGGUCGAGUUCGUUAAGAAAAAGGAUGCUAAGAUGUGUGCUCAGACCAUGAAUGGCAAUAUUAUUGGAGGCAAAAAAUCCUCCUACUAUCACGAUGACAUAAUGAAUAUCAAAUAUUUGCUGGGCCUCAAAUGGGCCGACUUGACACAACAGAUUGCAAAGGAGAACCAAGAGCGCCAAGCAAAGAUGAUGCUAGAGAUUUCUCAACAAGCGAAACUUGAUAAAACCUUCGUCGGAAAUGUGGAGAAGGCAAAGAGGUUGGAUAGAAAGAGAAAAGUCGAAGGAAGUGAAUUCGAAGAGUCAUUGGCUAAGAAGUCGUUUGACCAGCGUGAUGUUACAAGUACCCGCGCUGACUCUCACGCAAAAAAAGAAAGUGCCUCAAGCAAUCUUACAGAUGUCUUGUCAAAGGUUUUUUAG